CAGUCAGUUGCAGACACGAAUUGAGUGGACAAGAUGACCAAGUUCCGUCCUUGUAUUGAUCUUCACUCCGGCCAGGUCAAGCAGAUUGUUGGCGGGACGCUGAGCAAUGUUGCCUCGGACCUGAAGACGAACUAUGUGUCCAAGCUCCCCGCCAGCCACUAUGCAGAAUUGUACAAGACGCAUGAUUUGCGGGGAGGCCAUGUGGUGAUGCUGGGGCCGGGCAAUGAUGAGGCAGCCAAGGAGGCCCUGAGGACAUGGCCUGCUGGUUUGCAGGUUGCGGGAGGGAUUACGGACAAGAAUGCCCAGUAUUGGAUUGACCAAGGUGCUGAGAAGGUCAUCAUCACAUCGUUCCUCUUCCCCGAGGGCAAGUUCUCUCUCGAGCGACUAGAAUCUGUUCUUGCUGCCCUUGGCGGCGACAGGUCCAAGCUGGUCUUGGAUCUGAGCUGCCGGAAGAAGGACGAUACAUGGUUUGUGGCCAUGAAUCGGUGGCAGACGAUCACCGAGAUGGAGAUCAACCAGGAAUCGAUCUCGCUGCUGGAGCCCUACUGUUCCGAGUUCCUGAUCCACGCUGCAGACGUCGAGGGUCUGCAGCAGGGUGUAGAUGAGGAGCUUGUCUCUAAACUGGCCCAGUGGUGCACUAUCCCCAUCACAUAUGCUGGAGGUGCCCGGAAUCUUCAGGACCUGGAGAAGGUGCACAGCAGCAGCCAAGGAAAGGUGGAUCUGACGAUUGGAAGUGCACUGGAUAUCUUCGGUGGAUCUGGAGUGACAUUUGACGAGUGUAUUGAGUGGAACAAGUCCCAUUGAAUGAUGUAUUAGGUUAGUCAAUUCUACUAGACAUGAGACAGAUGAUGUAUAUAUAUUGUGGCUAGUUGCGGAUAUGAAU